AUGCAAUUUGCUAGGCUAUCGAGUAUUACAUCAUCUCCUAUUGUUGGUAAUAAAAAUACUGUUCGUCAAAAUUAUUCUGUGACUAAUUCAUUUGAUGAAAUUCAUGUAAAUGGUGUAAUUGAUUAUCAAUUACUUCAAAGAGCUGAUUAUCCAAAAGAAGAAUUGAUAGUAGAAACAGAUUCAAAUCUUCAAGAUUACAUUGUCAUCAAUAUCAAGAAUGCUCACAUUCUCAAUAUUGGUUUAAAUACGAGUUUCAUUUAUCAACAACCAUUAAAAAUAAUAGUUCAUGUUACAUUCAGACAGUUAAACAAAUUACAAGUUGAUGGAACAGGCAGUGUUCAAUCUAUAAAUCCGAUGCGUCAGUCUAACAAUAGUGAAUUUGUAUUAAUAAAGAAAGGUACAGGAAAUCUUCAUUUAAUUUUGGACAUUUUUCGAUUUCAAGCUGAUCUAAGUGGUACCGGUCAUAUUCGAUUGCGUGGAAGAGUUGAACAAGCAGCAUCGAUUGUACAAAGUGGUGUAACAUCACUAGAUGCUCGGGAUUUUUUGUGUAAAAAGAUGGAUAUUCAUUCGUCCGGUGUUUCAACGGCAUAUGUGACUGUUACAGAUGAAAUUAAUGCUGAAGCGAUAGGUUUAGCCAAAAUUUAUUACAAAGGAAAUCUUAAUCGAAAACAAAUCGAUGGACAAUCGGCAAUUAUCACGCCAUAUUAA